CAGUGUGUGUAUUCAUCUUCCGCCUGGUGAGACCGCGCAUGUGUUGAUCCGUGCUGCAGCAACGUGCCUCAGUUCCUCUCUGACCCCGGUGUUAAUCUGCAUUCCGGCUGAGGCUCCAAUGCUUUUCUCGGCGGCUCGUUAUUGUUUUAGCUCAUUACUCGGUUCUCUUCUGUUCCUGUCAGAUUUUCGAGGCCCCCGCUGAGCGGCCGCAUCUUGCAGCAGAAGCGGCGACGAGGAGCUUUCGGUUCGCAUCGAUCCGGUUUAGCCGGCUUUCACUCCAACGCACGUCCGUCCGUCCGUCGUCUCCGGAUCCAGAUUCGCAAGCUUUCACCCCCCACCACCACCACCCUCUCCCUCCCCACCCCCCCAAGCUAACGCGCGUAAUGAAUCGCGAGGAGGAAACCCAGUGAAUAGACGGACUCGUCCAUCUGCGGGGAAAAAAGGAAAAAAACGAAGAUGGUGAUUACGGCUUCGCCAAAAUCAGCUUUCAGAUGCUCGGCACCAAUGGCGAAGCGUCCCCUCCCCUCGAAGCUUUUAGUCUGGGUUUUUAUUGUCAUCAAUCUGUCAACAAGUUCUCUCCAGAAUGAUGAUGACGACGAGGUGUCGAAUAAAACGUGGGUGCUGACUCCCAAAGUGUAUGAAAGCGACGUCACACACAUCCUAAACAGCCUCCUAGAUGGAUACGACAACAAACUCAGACCCGACAUUGGAGUCAAGCCCACAGUGAUCCACACAGACAUGUUUGUCAACAGCAUCGGCCCAGUAAAUGCAAUCAAUAUGGAAUAUACCAUCGACAUCUUUUUUGCCCAGACCUGGUAUGACAGGAGGUUAAAGUUCAACAGCACCAUGAAAGUUCUGCGCCUCAACAGCAACAUGGUGGGGAAGAUCUGGAUCCCAGACACGUUCUUUCGCAAUUCAAAGAAGGCUGACGCCCACUGGAUCACCACACCCAACCGCAUGUUGAGGAUCUGGAACGAUGGAAGAAUUCUUUACACACUCAGGCUGACCAUCGAUGCAGAGUGCCAGCUAAAACUGAACAACUUCCCAAUGGAUGAGCACUCCUGCCCCCUGGAGUUUUCAAGCUAUGGAUACCCCAGGGAGGAGAUCGUUUACCGGUGGAAAAGGAGCUCCGUGGAGGUUGGAGAUAUUCGUUCCUGGAGGCUUUACCAGUUCUCCUUCGUGGGCCUGAGAAACACUUCUGAGGUAGUCAGAACCGUCUCAGGGGACUACGUAGUGCUGACAGUCUUUUUUGACCUGAGCAGGAGGAUGGGCUACUUCACCAUCCAGACCUACAUACCUUGCACACUUAUUGUUGUCCUCUCCUGGGUCUCCUUCUGGAUCAACAAAGAUGCAGUGCCUGCAAGGACUUCAUUAGGCAUCACUACUGUGCUGACCAUGACCACACUGAGCACCAUAGCUAGAAAAUCGCUUCCGAAAGUGUCGUACGUGACCGCCAUGGACCUGUUCGUGUCCGUCUGCUUCAUCUUCGUCUUCGCCGCCCUCAUAGAGUACGGCACGCUGCACUACUUUGUCAGCAACCGGAAGCCGAGCGCCAAAAAGGACAAGAAGAAGAAAAACCCGCUCCUCCGGCUCUUUUCCUCAAAGCAGACACCAACGGUGGACAUCCGCCCGCGCUCGGCCACGGCGAUUCAAAUGAACAACGCCACGCACAUGCAGGAGCGGGACGAGGAGUACGGCUACGAGUGUCUAGACGGAAAGGACUGCACCAGCUUCUUCUGCUGUUUCGAAGACUGCCGCUCCGGAGCCUGGCGGCACGGCAGGUUGCACAUCCGCAUCGCCAAGAUAGACUCGUAUGCACGCAUCUUUUUCCCCACUGCAUUUGCGCUCUUCAACCUGGUCUACUGGGUCUCCUAUCUCUAUCUCUAAGCUGGGGCGUGUAUGCAGCUUUAGCCUAUGGUCCGUUCCAUUUUACAUAUGCUCUGCUCCAGCAAGUGACAUUUAAAGGGAACCUGUAUGAAGUACCCACAUUCUCUUCUAAUCUUUUUGUUGUUGUUGUUGUCGUUGUAGCAUUACAUUAAGCUAGUGUGACACUCUUCAUUUGUUUGAUCGCACAAAACUACGUCUUGAAAAGUGGAAACUGACCAAAGGGGUUUGCAGAAAGACUAAAUCGGGACAUUAUUUGAUCAAAUGAAAUCAAUUGAAAAGAAGAUUUUUUUUUUUUUCUAGAUAUCUUCUUCAUCAAAAAUAUUCAUCAAUUAUGCAUCACUUGCUUAUUUUAAUCUUUUUCCAAUUACAGAAAUAAACAAAAGCAGAAGCACUUUAAAGAAGCUAUGUUCAGGAGCGACAUUGUUCUCGUUUUCUUUUAUCACAUAACAAUAAAUCCCAUUUUGUGCAGUCAGAGGACAAUGACAUGGACAACAUUCAGCUGUACAGACUUUUAUUUAACCAGGUAACCAAACCUGGACCUAUGAAGCAUGUUUCAGUUUUUAUUUUUUUCUUUUGGACUGUAUAUAUUUUAAUAUGACAUAGUUGUUUACAUUUAUUGCAUGCACCUUUCAAACCAAAAAUCAGCAUAUUCUAUCACCGUCUACUGUUGGCUAUGGAAAUGAAAAACCACAAUAAAAAUAGACACUGAUGAUUAUUUUUAUUUAAAGCUUUUAAUUACAUUUUCUUGAAGAAUAUGGGGGAUAAAAUGGGUCUAGAUUAUGCUUUUUAAGUUCUAUCUUCAUCUACAAGCGGAAAAAUGUGUUUUCUACAGACCGUUAGCUCAGACUGUUGACACUCACACCAAAUGUCCAAUCCUUAUUUGAUCAAAUUUGUUGGACAUUUUAAAGUCAAAUUGUAGACAGGAUAAUUUGGAUGCUCUUAUCUGAGGAAAAAUAUUUUAGAUAAUAAUAAUACAAAAGCAUUUUUUAAAUUAUUUUGUUAACAUAUCCAUACCCACAUUAGCAAAGCUAACGCUAUGAACUUUGGUGCCAACUAUUGACUGCAUAAGAGAACUGGAAAGACUGAGGCUACGUCCAAAUUCCUUCUCUACUCACUAUAUAGUGCGAUACCAUUUUCUAGUGCUGUCCAAAUCUAAUAUUCCAAAAGUGCACUAGAAAUUUCCCAGAAGUUUUUGCAAAAAACUAGCAUGCAUCGAUGCUCAUUAUGUUAGCGAAUAUAGACCACAAUGCAUUGCGGUCGAACAACUUCGAGCUGCAACAACUCCUCUAAUCUGUAGUUUUUUAAUAAAUCAUCCACAUUUUCAUUGUCAGAACAGAGUGGAGUCACGAAUAGACAUAAAAUCUUCGAAUUGAUUCAAUUUUCACUUUGUGAAAUCAGUGACAUCAUUUCUGGUGUUUAGCAAAGCGAAAGUGAAGUAGUGAGCAUCGUUUCUGAAUUGCUUUUAAAAUCCAGGGUACUAUAUUGUUUUUUAGUAGUUAGAGAUUAGAGUGAGAAUUUUGGCAUAGCUUGAGUGUAACUUCAAGCAUAGAAAAUGAUUUGCUUCCAGUUCCUAACGAAAUGAAGUCGAUUCAGUCGCGGUACAGACGUCACCAUGUUGGAACCAGGAAUCAUCAGUGAACAGUGGUUGGUCUGAGUCCACGUUUCUAUGGCGACCACUCUCUCCAAUCCUAAGUAUGUUAGAAGACCACACCCCUUCCACUGAAAGUCAGCUCAGGAGAAUCUGUCAAACCACAUACUUUUAUUGAGACAUCUGAUUGGUCACUUGAAUAGUUAGCGC